CUCAUAGUGUUCCGUGUCUCCCAUUGGUUGGUCCACUUCCUCCUCACCCGAUUCCGGAUUGCGUUCCGUGUCUCCCAUUGGCUCUCGACUAUCGCCUUCCUGCUUCCAACAUGGCCAAGUGGCGAGGAGAGGGGCGCUGAAGGCGAAUGGCAAUGGAUCUCCGAGUCCUCCCCCACAACGGCCAUCCUUCUUUCCUCUUCACCUCCUCCCCCAAUCGAAAUCGCCUCCUCCCGAUACCAAAACAUGGCGGUCAGCGCUCCCGCCCCAACAAGAUCACUGCAGAGCUCCAGCAGCAGCAGCAGCAGGUCGUCUCAAAUCCGACCACCACAUCAUCCCCCUCCUCGUCGGUGCCGGUGCCGGUGCCCACUCACCGUGUCACCGUCCACGAUCGCCUGCGGGGAGUCGUCCACCAGUUCCUGGUCCCCGAGGACCAGUACAUCCUCCACACCGCCGAAUCCCAGAACAUCUCCCUCCCGUUUGCUUGCCGCCACGGUUGCUGUACGAGCUGCGCGGUUCGAAUAAAAUCUGGUCAAAUCAAACAACCUGAGGCUCUUGGAAUAUCUGCAGAGCUGAAAUCUAAGGGUUAUGCAUUACUUUGUGUAGGCUUCCCAUCAUCAGAUAUUGAAGUUGAAACUCAGGAUGAGGAUGAGGUUUACUGGCUCCAGUUUGGACGAUAUUUUGCACGAGGACCUAUUGAACGGGAUAACUAUGCACUGGAGCUGGCCAUGGGUGAUGAAUGAUUCAUGCCUAAUGGAUUAAAACCAGAGUCUAUCCUUUAUACAGAGGCAAGCAGUUUUUCUUACUCUCUCCAAGCUAUUUCAGUCCUCAACGUACAUUGCUUGUGAACAGCUGUAUUUAGUUUCUGUAAUCUUGGGACUUUUCUCAUCUUUGUGACUUGUUAGUAAAAAGGCUCUGUUCUGUAGGUCCCAUCAUUCGAUAGGAAAGUGAAAUCAAAACAAAAUGUUCAAAUAUUGCAUUUUCCAGACAUCAAAUUUCACA